AGCACGCAGAUCCCGGAGCAGCCACGGGACUCGAGCAGCGGCCACCAUGUGCGGAAUCUUUGCCUACAUGAACUACAGAGUCCCCCGAACAAGGAAGGAGAUCUUUGAGACCCUCAUCAAAGGCCUGCAGCGGCUGGAAUACAGAGGCUAUGACUCUGCAGGUGUGGCAAUCGAUGGAAAUAAUCAUGACGUCAAAGAAAGACACAUCCAACUGGUCAAGAAAAGAGGAAAAGUCAAGGCUUUGGAUGAGGAACUCUACAAACAAAACAACAUGGACUUAAAGGUGGAAUUUGAGACGCACUUUGGCAUUGCCCACACUCGCUGGGCCACCCAUGGGAUUCCCAAUGCCAUCAACAGCCACCCUCAGCGCUCUGACAAAGGCAAUGAAUUUGUUGUCAUUCAUAAUGGGAUCAUUACAAAUUACAAGGAUCUGAGGAAAUUUCUGGAAAGCAAAGGCUAUGAGUUUGAGUCAGAAACAGAUACAGAGACCAUUGCCAAGCUGAUUAAAUAUGUGUUCGACAACAAAGAAACUGAGGACAUUACAUUUUCAACACUGGUCGAGAGAGUCAUUCAACAGUUGGAAGGUGCAUUCGCGUUGGUUUUCAAGAGCAUCCAUUACCCAGGAGAAGCUGUUGCCACAAGGAGAGGCAGCCCUCUGCUCAUUGGAGUGCGGAGCAAAUACAAGCUGUCCACGGAACAGAUCCCCGUCUUGUAUAGGACAUGCGCUCUUGAGAACGUCAAGAACAUCUGUAAAACAAGGAUGAAGAGGCUGGACAGUUCCACCUGCCUGCACGCAGUAGGUGACAAGGCUGUGGAAUUCUUUUUUGCUUCUGAUGCGAGUGCUAUCAUAGAGCACACUAACCGGGUCAUCUUCCUGGAGGAUGAUGACAUUGCUGCAGUGGCUGAUGGGAAGCUCUCCAUUCACCGGAUCAAACGCUCUGCUAGUGAUGACCCAUCUAGAGCCAUCCAGACCUUGCAGAUGGAAUUGCAGCAGAUCAUGAAAGGUAACUUCAGUGCAUUUAUGCAGAAGGAGAUCUUUGAACAGCCAGAAUCAGUUUUCAAUACCAUGAGAGGUCGGGUGAAUUUUGAGACCAACACAGUACUCUUGGGUGGCUUGAAGGACCACUUGAAAGAGAUCCGACGAUGCCGAAGGCUCAUCGUGAUUGGCUGUGGGACCAGCUACCACGCUGCCGUGGCUACACGGCAAGUGUUGGAGGAACUGACCGAACUCCCUGUGAUGGUUGAACUUGCUAGUGAUUUUCUGGACAGGAACACACCUGUGUUCAGGGAUGACGUUUGCUUUUUCAUAAGCCAAUCAGGUGAGACUGCAGACACACUCUUGGCACUGCGCUACUGCAAGGACCGCGGCGCCCUGACUGUGGGUGUCACCAACACUGUGGGCAGCUCCAUCUCCCGAGAGACUGACUGCGGUGUCCAUAUCAAUGCAGGGCCUGAGAUCGGCGUGGCCAGCACCAAGGCUUACACCAGUCAGUUCAUCUCUCUGGUGAUGUUUGGUUUGAUGAUGUCUGAAGAUCGAAUUUCACUACAAAACAGGAGGCAAGAGAUCAUCCGUGGCCUGAGAUCUUUGCCUGAGCUGAUCAAAGAGGUGCUGUCUCUGGAUGAGAAGAUCCAUGACCUGGCCCUGGAACUCUACACACAGAGGUCACUCCUCGUGAUGGGGCGGGGCUACAACUAUGCCACAUGCCUGGAAGGAGCCCUGAAAAUUAAAGAGAUCACCUACAUGCACUCAGAAGGGAUCCUGGCUGGGGAGCUGAAGCAUGGGCCCCUGGCACUAAUCGACAAGCAGAUGCCAGUCAUCAUGGUCAUCAUGAAGGACCCUUGCUUUGCCAAAUGCCAGAACGCACUGCAGCAGGUCACCGCCCGCCAGGGUCGCCCAAUUAUACUGUGCUCCAAAGAUGACACUGAGAGCUCCAAAUUUGCAUAUAAAACGAUUGAGCUGCCCCAUACCGUGGACUGCCUCCAGGGCAUCCUGAGUGUGAUCCCUCUACAGCUUCUUUCCUUCCACCUGGCCGUUCUCCGAGGAUAUGACGUUGACUUCCCCAGAAAUCUAGCUAAGUCUGUCACCGUGGAAUGAGAAGACCAGGACAAGACCAUCACCACCUUCAGUCUGAUUCCAGACCUGUCCUGAUAGCAGGGAUGCCACGUGUUCUGCGUGUUCACAGUAGAGCUUGACAGCUUCAAUGUGCCUUGUACCCAAGUGCUUUUGCUUACAGCAAAUACUGUUUCUCUGUGUCCUGCUGUCGCCAGAGGAGAAGAGAAUCAUUGUUUACACACAGGGAUCAGAGCAGACUUUUCCACUACUGUGCAAUAGAGAUACAGCUCUCUUCAGAGUAACUGUGAAUCUUUUUUAACCAAUAUUAGUUAGCUUUAAAAGACAAAUUAUUUAUAAUGACAACUGUAUAGUUUUUAAGUUAUUUUUCUAUGUGGCUUUCUGGCCCAUACUGUGCAUCCCAGCCACCCACAGUAUGCUGUCUCUGGGUUUGCUCCUGGCAGGUGGCAUUCAUCUCAGAUUUGAGCACAAGGCAUUGACCCUCUGGAUUCCUUUCUUCUUUCCUUUCCUUUCUAGGCUGCUCCUGAAUCGCAUCUCCUGACUUCAGGAAGCCACUCCAGCCAUCUGCCUAGGCUGCCUAUAAGUCCAAUUGAAAUGUCAAUUUCCUUCAGCAUUUUCUUCUCAUCUGUAGCCCAGAUCCCUCCAACUCUCUAACUUCUGUUUAAUCUAAGCCCAGGUUGCAUUUUGUUCCUGCUCCCUGCCCAUAGUAAAAUGGCUUGAAAUAUCCCAUGCGAGAGAGUAGUGUCAAGUGGGCUACCUUAUUCUCUGUUUAAAAGCAUGCACAAUCAAAGUCCUACGCAAUUUUAAGACAAUA